CGAGGACCGGAAGACGAGCUGCAGGGAAAGCCCGGAAGCAGGAGGCUGGGAGAGCCCUGGGCCGCGCGCGGGAUGCUCCGAGGGGCGAGUUUGGGGCUUGGACAUUGAAAGAGUGAGAGUCGAAGGGGACACUGGACCCAUUCAAUUUGAGAGCCCGGGGUGGGUGUCUCAUGGGCCUCUCCCCAACCUCCAAGGAUUCUGCAGACCAAGAAACUGCGAGCUGCGACCGAGAACCCGAGGCGGGAAACAAGAAAGGGCUGCCAGAACCAGGACUAGUUGGGAUCAUGGAAACUGAAGGGUCGGCUCAAGAGCCAGACGUUCCAAGACGAAGAAAUGGGUUCAUGGGAAGAUAAGAUUUGUGAGGGCACUUUAGUUCCAGAUAGUUGAGGGGCACAGGAUUAGUUAGGCCCUAAGCCUUGGUUCGUCACACUGCAUGGACGCGCGCGCGCGCGCGUGUGUGUGUUUCAAUAAAAUUCUGCCAGAGCCCGUAAGAGAGUAGAAAUCUGGUAGGGAUAGGGUGUGGUGGAGCCUGAGGCUUCCAGAGUAUGGAAAGGUGUCAAAUUAGUUGCAGAACAGGCCUUGGAGGCCUGAAAUGGAAGGAGGAGUGGUCGUGUUGAAAGGAUGGAGAGCCUUAGGGCGUAUGAGACAACAGCUGUAUUGAGACAACAGCUGUAUUGAGCCAGCUUCUAAGUGACCAUGUGUUCUUGACAAAAAGUGUUUUCACUUUUCAUUGAGUGAGCGGCUCCUGUCUGCUGUCGAAGAUAAAGAUAUCCAUUGAGGACUUGCUGUGGUGAUGUUACAAUGUGGACUUAUAGCUGUGAGUGAUCUUGAUCGAGUCUACUCACAGCCCGGGAAAGGUGACUUCUUUCUGCAUAGGUCUCAGGUUUAUUGCCAAACCCUGUGCACUCCAUGUUGGCAUCCAGGACAGUGGUCCUUAUCAGGCCCAACCUAAUGCCAUCCUUGAAAAGGUGUUCAUAUCUGUUACCAAGUAUCCUGAUGAAAAAAGGCUGGAGGGCCUGUCAAAGCAACUGGACUGGGAUGUCCGAAAAAUCCAAUGCUGGUUUCGCCAUCGGAGGAAUCAGGACAAGCCCCCAACGCUCACUAAAUUCUGUGAAAGCAUGUAGGUGGAGAUUCACUUUUUAUUUAUGUAUAUUCUGCUAUGGAGUUAGAUUUCUCUGGUCGUCGCCUUGGUUCUGGGACACCCGACAAUGCUGGCACAGUUACCCUUAUCAGCCUCUCACAAAUGGGCUUUAUUACUAUUAUAUCAUGGAAUUGGCUUUCUAUUGGUCUCUUAUGUUUUCUCAGUUUACAGACAUUAAAAGAAAGGACUUCCUGAUCAUGUUUGUGCAUCACUUGGCCACCAUUGGGCUCAUUACCUUCUCCUACAUCAACAACAUGGUUCGAGUGGGAACUCUGGUCAUGUGUCUACAUGAUGCCUCAGACUUCUUGCUGGAGGCAGCCAAGCUGGCCAAUUAUGCCAAGUAUCAGCGUCUCUGUGACACCCUUUUUGUGAUCUUCAGUGCUAUUUUUGUGGUGACUCGUCUAGGAAUCUAUCCAUUCUGGAUUCUGAACACGACCCUCUUUGAGAGUUGGGAGAUGAUCGGGCCCUAUCCGUCCUGGUGGCUCUUCAAUGGCCUUCUCCUGAUCCUACAGGUUCUGCAUGUCAUCUGGUCCUACCUAAUUGCACGAAUUGCUUUCAAAGCCUUGAUCCGAGGAAAGGUAUCUAAGGAUGAUCGCAGUGAUGUGGAAAGCAGCUCAGAAGAAGAAGAUAUGACCAGUAGCACAAAAGGCCCCUGUGGCCGCAGCUCCAGCAAUGGUGCCGGUCGGGUGAAUGGUCACAUGGGAGGCAGCUACUGGCUGAAGAGUAAGGUGGUUGGUAUGGGGACUUCAGCAUAGAUGGACUCGUAGGGCUGCUGGCAACCUACUCCUCUGGGCCUCCCCGCAUCUGCACUCCUGUGACUAGGGGGUGUGCAGGGCACUGAGGAGAAUCAAAGAAGCAAAUAUUUUCACUUUUUUAAAAAAACUCUGCCAUUUUGUAUUUAAUAGCCUCCAGGUUCUUUCAGUAAUGUUAUUUGCUCUGUGUGUGCGGGUGCGUGUGUGCAUAUGUGUGCACAUGUGCAUAUGCAUUUGUGCAUAUGUGUGAGUUUCGUUGCCUAGGUUGGAGCACAAGCCUGGUCCCCUUUGAACCCACCUCAAUCCCAGAUUUGGCUGCAUCUUGAAUUAUGCUGGCUCCAGAGAGUCCCCUCCCUUGUUGCCCAUGGCUCUUGAAGUUCUGGCCAUCUGAAUGGAGCAGCUAAGUUCACUCCAGGUUUCUGCACUGUUCCUCCUUUGGAGAUGGAAUAUUUCACACGACGUUAUAUAGAAACAGACAACCAUGAAUGGAUGGCCAGGAUUGCUGUGGCCCCUAGCUAGGUCCCCUUCCUGCCACCUGGUAGUGAUGGACAGCUGCUGAUAGAUACCCUGCUCUUUAUUCAGUGGUACGCAGGGAGUUGGGGGGUGGGAGGAACAGGUGAGCUGAGGGCUGGAGGACAACAGCCACUGGGUGAGUUGUUAACGGUUUAUACUAUUGUUUACUCUUCUGUGAUUAAAAGUGCUUCAACCCUCAUCUGCUGUCUCAACGUCUUUAGUGACUCUGUCCCCAAUCCCCUGAACCCAUAAUCUA